CAAAAAUGUAAAUGGCGUCUUCGGCGUAAAUAUUGAAUAACCUUAAUAAUUGGAACGCCGUUUUGUUCAAAAUAUUAUCCAGGAAUAAUAAUUUUCGUUUGUGUGUUUAAAACUGCAUUUUUAUUCAGUAAAUUUAUAUAAACAACCUUCACUAUGGCGGAUGCUGCGGCGAGACAGCUGCAGUACGAGUACAAAGCGAAUUCUAAUCUUGUCCUUCAAGCUGAUGUGAGGUUAAUAGAGCGCCGUGGUAGAGAUGAGGCAACAGGAGAGGUUCUAUCGCUUUCAGGAAAGCUUACUGGUACAAAGAUGGGUGAUCGAGCACAAAGAACAAAACCUGACAAAGCUGAAGAAAGAAAGGCUAAACGUCAAAAACGUGACGAAGCAACCUAUGAACUGUCUAAAUCCAAAGCUGCACGAGUGGCUUGGGCAGAUGACACUCCAGCGGGUGUUUUAUACAGACCAAGAGCUCAGCAUACACGUCAUGCAUAUGAAUUGUUACUUGCCUUUAUGCAAAGUGCAUUAGGAGAUCAGCCAAGGGAUAUUUUGUGUGGGGCUUGUGAUGAGGUGUUAGUGGUUCUGAAGAAUGACAAAUUAAAAGAUCCAGAGAGGAAAAAAGAAAUUGAAUUAUUACUUGGUCCAAUAGCUGAUGAGAGAUUUGCCGUGCUCGUGAAUUUAGGCAAGAAAAUAACAGACUUUAAUAUAAACUCUGCCACUGAGGGCAACACUGAAAUUGACGAAACAUAUGGAAUCAAUGUUCAGUUUGAGGAAUCAUCGGAGGAGGAUGAUGAAGAUGCUUUUGGAGAGAUAAGGGAAGAAGAGAAGGAAGAUGGUGAGGGUUCGGGAAAUGAAAAGGAGAAAGAGAGUAGCGGGGAAGAGGAGAGUGACGGAGAGAAGCGGAAUGCCAUACAUGGAAAUCUAUCGGAAGAACAGUCCCAAAAGCGACGGGAUGUGAUACUUCAUCCGAUGGAUAUUGAUGCUUAUUGGCUACAAAGGAGGCUUUCAAGGCAUUUUCCUGAUGCUAUGUUGUCACAGGCAAAGUCGAGUGAAGUGCUGCAAGCGCUGGCCGAGGCUUCAGACGACAGAGAUUUGGAAAAUAGACUCGUUUUAUUGUUGGGUUAUGAUUGCUUUGAGUUCGUCAAAGUUUUGAACAAGUACAGAUAUAUGAUCCUUUACUGUACGAAGUUGGCUUCGUCCCAAUCGGAAAAUGAGAGAGUGUCCAUCCGUGAUGAGAUGUCAAAACAACCACAUCUGCAGAAGAUUCUGGCUCAGCUGGAGACAGGGAAGGGUGAUGAAGAGAUGACAGAACAGUCGGAGCAGCCAAGAAAACGGCAGAAGACAACAGAGCAGGGCAUUACAGGUGGCCAGGUGACUGGUAACAGGAAGGUUCUUCAGCUGGAGGAGCUGGUGUUUGCAGCUGGUGCGCAUCUGAUGGCGAAUAAGAGAUGUCAGUUGCCUGCUGGAUCUUUUAGGAAGCAGAGAAAGGGAUAUGAAGAAGUUCACGUACCGGCCUUAAAACCGAAGCCGUUUGAAGACGAUGAGACGUUGGUGGCGGUUGAGAAGUUGCCGAAGUAUGUGCAGCCGGCCUUUGAGGGUUUCAAAACGUUAAAUCGUAUUCAGAGCCGCAUAUCAAAAGCGGCCCUUGAAUCGGAUGAGAAUCUACUGGUCUGUGCUCCAACCGGUGCUGGUAAGACCAACGUAGCCUUGCUGACCAUUAUGAGGGAAGUGGGGAAACAUGUCAACGAUGAUGGAACUGUCAAUGUCAACGAUUUUAAGGUUAUCUAUGUGGCCCCAAUGCGCUCCCUUGUGCAGGAGAUGGUGGGAAAUUUUGGCAAGCGCUUAGCCGCGUACAACAUGAAGGUGUCGGAGCUGACGGGAGACCAUCAGCUGACGAGGGAACAGAUCGAUGCCACGCAGCUGAUCGUGUGUACGCCGGAGAAAUGGGACAUUGUCACCAGGAAAGGUGGCGAAAGGUCGUUCACGAAUCUGGUCCGUCUGAUAAUCAUUGACGAAAUCCAUCUGUUGCAUGAUGAGAGGGGUCCAGUGUUGGAAGCCCUCGUUGCCAGAACGCUGAGGACAGUUGAACAAACACAGGAACAGGUUCGUCUGAUUGGAUUGUCAGCCACAUUGCCUAACUACACAGAUGUGGCUGCCUUUUUGCGUGUGAAACCGGAAAAAGGAUUGUUUUAUUUCGACAACUCUUUCCGACCGGUCGCUCUCGAACAGCAAUACAUUGGUGUGACAGAGAAAAAGGCACUCAAACGAUUCCAGGUCAUGAACGAUAUUGUCUAUGAAAAAGCUAUGGAACACGCUGGAAGGAAUCAGAUCCUGGUGUUCGUACAUUCUCGGAAAGAGACUGGGAAGACUGCGCGUGCUAUUCGCGACAUGUGUCUCGAGAAAGAUACCUUGGGACAGUUUCUUAGGGAGGGUUCAGCUAGCGUCGAAGUUCUACGUACGGAGGCGGAGCAAGUGAAGAAUCCAGAGUUGAGGGAGCUACUUCCGUAUGGAUUUGCUAUUCAUCAUGCUGGAAUGAGCCGUGUUGACAGGACACUGGUGGAAGACCUGUUCGCUGACAGACAUAUACAGGUCUUAGUGUCAACAGCCACCUUGGCUUGGGGUGUGAACCUUCCAGCUCACACGGUAAUUGUGAAAGGGACCCAGGUUUAUAGUCCGGAGAAGGGCAGGUGGACGGAAUUGGGGGCUUUGGAUGUUCUGCAGAUGUUGGGGCGUGCCGGUCGGCCGCAGUACGAUACGAAGGGAGAGGGUAUCCUAAUCACGAACCACUCAGAACUUCAGUAUUACCUAUCGCUGCUCAACCAACAACUCCCAAUUGAGUCCCAAAUGAUUGCUAAGUUACCAGAUAUGCUGAAUGCUGAGAUUGUCCUGGGUUCAGUUCAGAGUGUCAGAGAUGCAGUAACAUGGCUGGGGUAUACCUAUCUGUAUAUAAGAAUGCUUCGCCAACCAGCUCUAUACGGCAUCCAAGCGGAUAAGAUGAAAGACGACAACCUUUUGGAGUUACACAGAGCUGAUUUGGUUCAUACGGCCGCUGCUUUGUUGGAUAAGGCGGGUCUAAUUAAAUACGAGCGAAAAUCCGGACAUUUCCAACCAACCGAACUCGGUCGUAUCGCCUCACAUUUCUACUGCACAUUUGAGACGAUGCAGAACUACAACCAACUUCUCAAACCCACGUUGGGCGAGAUUGAAUUGUUCCGUGUGUUCUCUUUAUCGGCUGAAUUCAAGCAUAUUAAUGUGAGAGAUGAGGAGAAGUUGGAGCUGCAUAAGCUGAUGGAACGGGUACCAAUUCCAAUAAAAGAAAGUAUUGAAGAGCCGUCAGCGAAAAUCAACGUGCUCCUACAAGCGUACAUCUCCCAGCUGAAGCUGGAAGGGUUCGCGUUAAUGGCCGACAUGGUGUACGUCACUCAGUCCGCUUGCCGAUUGUUGAGAGCUAUAUUCGAAAUUGUUUUACAUAGAGGUUGGGCUCAGCUGGUGGACAAAACUUUGGCGUUAUGCAAAAUGGUGGACAGGCGAAUGUGGCAAUCUAUGUCACCGUUGAGGCAGUUUAGAAAAAUGCCGGAAGAGGUGAUAAAGAAACUUGAAAAGAAGAACUUCCCAUGGGAGAAGUUGUACGAACUGGGACCGAAUGAGAUCGGUGAACUGGUCCGAGCGCCGAAACUCGGCAAAAUGAUUCACAAAUACGUUCAUCAGUUCCCCAAGCUGGAGUUAUCGACGCACAUACAGCCGAUCACGAGGUCCACAUUGAGGGUGGAGCUGACAAUCACACCGGACUUUCAGUGGGACGAGAAGAUCCAUGGCCAAUCGGAAGCGUUCUGGAUCUUGGUGGAAGACGUCGAUGGGGAGGUGAUACUCCAUCAUGAGUUCUUCCUCCUCAAAGAGAAGUACUGCAAGGAUGAGCAUCAUGUUAAACUGUUUGUGCCGGUAUUCGAGCCUCUACCUCCGCAAUACUUUUUGCGGGUAGUUUCUGAUAGGUGGAUAGCAGCAGAAACCCAGCUCCCAGUCUCCUUCCGUCAUCUCAUACUUCCCGAGAAGAAUCUCCCUCCAACAGAGCUCCUGGAUCUCCAGCCUCUUCCGAUAUCAGCUCUACGGAACUCCAAGUAUGAAGAACUCUAUUCGGAGACGUUCGACCAGUUCAAUCCAGUUCAGACACAGGUGUUCAACGCUGUAUACAAUUCGGAUGAUAACGUGUUCGUUGGGGCGCCUGGUGGUUCUGGAAAGUCCGUGGUAGCCGAGUUGGCGCUACUCCGAUUGCUGUCCACUAACCCAGCUGGAAGGGCUGUAUAUUUGGUACCAAAAGAUGCGUUGGCGGACAUUGUGUUUGCUGAUUGGUAUCAUAAAUUCGCCUCGAGGUUCAAUUUGAAGGUCGUCCAGCUCACAGGUGAAACGGCCACAGAUCACAAACUAUUGAACAAAGGACAGAUUAUAAUCACCACAGCUGAUAAAUGGGACGUUCUCUCGAGACGAUGGAAAGUCCGCAAAUCGGUCCAGAGCGUUUCCCUGCUGAUAGUGGACGCCCUGCAGCUGUUGGGAGGGGAAGAGGGACCCAUCAUGGAGGUGGUCUGCUCCCGAAUGAGAUAUAUCGCUUCACAGAUUGGUCGUGGAAUACGCAUCGUUGCUCUAUCUCUUCCUCUGGCAGACGCCAGGGAUGUGGCCCAAUGGCUGGGCUGCAACACAAACGCGACAUUCAACUUCCACCCCAGCGUUAGGCCUUUGCCCCUGGAGCUGCACAUACAGGGAUUCAAUAUCUCCCAUGCGCCAUCUCGUUUGGCAGCCAUGACGAAGCCAAUUUACAACAGCAUACUGCGGUACGCGGGAUCCAAGCCUGCAGUGGUGUUCGUGCCUUCUAGGAGACAUUCCCGUCUUCUCGCUGCCGAUUUGUUGGCUUUGGCAGCGGCUGCUGGUAGACCUGGGAGGUUCUUGCACGCUCGGUCUGAUCUGGUGCAGCCGUUCUUGACCAAAUUGCAGGAUAAGAUGUUAAAGGAGACAGUAUCGGCGGGCGUGGCGUAUCUCCACGAGGGCGUGGAGAGUAACGACAGACGUGUGGUCCAGCAGUUAGUGGAGUGUGGGGCCAUACAGGUGUGCGUGGUUGCCGCGGAGCUGGCGUUCGCAUUCGCUGCGCACGCGCACACUGUCAUUGUGGCUGAUACGCAUGUAUAUAACGGCAAACUCCACUGCUACGAGCAAUAUCCAAUAACAACGAUUCUCCAAAUGCUCGGUCGCGCCUGUCGACCUCUAGAAGACGACCACUCGGUGGCCGUGCUCAUGUGCGCUGCUCAUCAUAAGAGCUUCUUCACCAAGCUGCUGAACGAUUGUCUGCCGCUUGAGAGUCACCUCGACCAUAGACUACACGACCACAUGAACGCGGAGAUCGUAACGAAGACCAUAGAGAACAAACAGGACGCGGUCGACUAUUUGACGUGGACCUUCCUCUACCGCCGUCUCACGCAAAAUCCCAAUUAUUAUAACCUCCAAGGCGUCACUCAUAGGCACCUGUCAGACCACCUCUCGGAGUUGGUGGAAACGACUCUAACGGACCUGGAGCAGUCCAAAUGCAUAGCGAUUGAAGAUGAGAUGGACGUUCAGCCUCUCAAUUUGGGGAUGAUCGCUUCCUACUAUUACAUCAAUUAUACCACAAUUGAGCUGUUCAGUCUGUCGCUGACGUCCAAAACCAAGAUCCGUGGUCUCCUGGAAAUCAUCUCGUCAGCAGCGGAGUACUCCGAGCUGUGCAUCAGGCAUCGGGAGGAGAACAUCAUCAAGGCUUUGGCUGCCAAAGUGCCCCACAAACCGACAACCACAAGUGGUACGGUCAAGUACAACGAGCCCCAAGUCAAAGCUCACAUCCUGCUGCAAGCUCAUCUCUCGAGGAUGCAGUUGCCCGCUGAACUGCAGGCCGAUACAGCCACUGUCAUCACCAAGGCCAUUCGACUUAUCCAAGCGUGCGUAGAUGUGGUGUCGAGCAGUGGUUGGUUGUCCCCAGCGGUGGCCGCCAUGGAGUUGGCCCAAAUGGUCACCCAGGCGAUGUGGGCCAAGGACUCCUAUUUGAGGCAAUUGCCCCAUUUCACACCGGCCAUUGUCCAGCGCUGUGCUGAGAAGGGCGUGGAAACGGUGUUUGAUGUUAUGGAGUUGGAAGACAACGCCCGUGCGAAGUUAUUGCAGCUGUCUGCGAGCGAAAUGGCUGACGUUGCGAGAUUCUGCAACAGAUAUCCUAACGUCGAGUUGAAUUAUCAGGUCCAAAAUGAAAGACGCCUUCGCGCGGGAAAACCCAUCAUAGUGGAAGUGACAUUAGAGAGAGAGGAUGACGUCAUCGGACCAGUUAUAGCGCCAUUCUUCCCACAGAAACGCGAGGAGGGCUGGUGGGUAGUCAUAGGUGACCCGAAGUCAAACACACUAUUAUCCAUAAAACGAGUGUCUCUCGGUCGAUCAGCCAAUGUUCGGCUAGACUUUGUGUGUGGGAGUGCGGGAACACACACAUACACACUAUACUUCAUGUCUGACGCGUAUUUGGGCGCUGAUCAAGAAUAUAAGUUUAAUGUUCAUGUGGAGGAGGCCGCGUCGGAUUCAAGUGAUUCCGAAUAAAAUAAGGAUUAAAUGGAGUUGUAUCAAAAAAAUGUUUUAUUUCUUAGUUUUUAAUUAAAAUAUUAGUUUUCUGAGCUG